CGUCCCGCUUUUCCAGCCGCUAUGCGGGUGGUGCUGGCCCUCAUGGGGCUGGCGGCGAUGCUGGCACCGCGCCGGAGCGCGGCCUCCCUCGGGGAGCAGCCGUCCGCAGUGCCUUCACCAGAGCAGAUUGUAAUAACAUCUGAAAACUUCAAAACUGUGGUGCAUUGGCAGUACCCUCCUAUGUCUGAAACUCCUCAUUUUAUUGUGGAAAUCAAACCUUACAAUUCAGGUCACUAUAAGAAUGUCUCAGCUUGUGUGAACGUUGCAGCUCAUUUCUGUGAUCUCACAAGGGAAAUAGGUGGCGCUUUUGAGUCUCACUGGCUUCGAGUUAAAGCUGUUGUUGGGUCACAGCAGUCUGAGUAUGUUGAGACAAAUGAGUUUAUUUUGCAAAAGCAUGGUAAAAUAGGACCACCAAAACUGAACCUCUGGAGGCACAAUGAUGAACUCAUGAUUGAUAUUUUCCAUCCUGAAUUCCCCUCUGAGAAUCUUCUUCCUUGGAUUGGAGAUGUUUACCCAAUGCUCAAGUACUGGGUGACUUUCUGGGAUAGUAAAAAUCAGGUAAAAGAGUUUCCUGGAGACGACUGUACAAAUUAUACAUGUAGCCUUGAGAUCCCAAUCCCUGCUGAAGGUUCCACCUACUGUGUCUCAGCAAAAGGAAGUUUAUAUGAUGACCUGAUGAUUGGUGCCCCAUCAGAAGAAAGCUGCAUUCAUGUUCCUCUCAAGCAGACACUCAGCACACAAAGUGUCAUCCUUCUGUGUGUUGUUACUCUGGCCCUGAGUCUGAUGGUGGUAGUAUAUUUUGGCUGCAGGAAGCUAAGGAAGAGCAACAUCAAGCUGCCUAAAUCUUUGGUCGAUAUGAUGAUAAACCUGAACACAGAGAGCAUUCUAGAACCAAAAUCAGCAGCAAAAUAUAUAUCUGUAAUAAGCUCCACCCAGUCAGUGCUGCCAGUGAAUGGUGAAAUAAACUUGCUGUGGGCAGAAGAAAAAGAAGUAGUAGUUAACCCUGAGAAUUCCAGCGAAGGAGCAUCUUCUGUUUGUCUCCCAGUGGCACCAGCCAAACCAGAAGAGGUGUCUGUGCAGGAAAGCAUGGCAAACGUACCUUCUAAUGAUGACCAGAAUCACAAAGUAAAAGAGAGUUACUUUGUUUCUGACAGCAGCCAAGUGGAUAUGUGUGGUAGCUCUUCAGAUUCAGAGACUUCUGAUGCAGAAAUAAAACAAACAAGCAGCUGUUUCAAGUUUUCUGGCUAUGACAAGCCUCAUGUUCCAUUGCAUAUGCUAAUAGAUGUUGGUGAAGAACAGCCUGUGAUUGCUUACAGGCCAACUGACUAACCAGGAUAGAUAGAAUAGAAUAAAAUAAACCAGGUUGGAAGAGACCUUCGAGAUCAUCGCAUCCAACCUAUCAUCCAACACCACCUAAUCAACUAACCAUGCAACCAAGCACCCCAUCAAGUCUCUUCCUGAACACCUCCAGUGAUGGUGCUCCAAUGGGCAAUCACUCUCUCUGUGUAGAAUUUCUUCCUAACCUCCAGCCUAAACCUCCCCUGGUGCAGCUUGAGACUGUGUCCUC